AUGCUUAACCCACACGAUUAUCGCGCGCUCUGUUUGGCAUUGGAAGAGAGACUCCGGCAAAUCACCGAGACAAACAGUUCGUUUGUCACAGGGAAUGGUUCGCUUGUCGCAGGGAAUGGUUCGCUUGCGGAGAAAAACAGGCAGAACGAAGAGCUACUUCAGCCGACGACUUUUACAGAAUAUAUUCACUUCUGCCAUGAAUCCCUUUCAAAACCUUUAAGAGUAUCCGCUGGCGUAAAAGGAGUACUACGACCAGCCACUGAGAAGUUCUGUCCGAGGCUGCUGAAACACUGGACAGAGUGUGAGGACGAGCAGGGAAAGAUUUACCGCGCAGUGUGCCACUUUCUCGGGCAAAAUCGUCUUUUCGAGCCCAUCGUCGUCCUACGGGGGAAUGGAAAAGAGGUCGAACAUAACCCCAUAGGUAGUGAAAAGGACCUAGAAGUCUAUGAGCGAUUUCACCUUGGUUCCAAGGGUAUCCGUUUCAAGAAUCAUUCUGAUGACCUGCAAACAAGUCCAAAGACCCGGCCUCAAGUGGAAGGAAAGGCAACAAAAGCAGCCUCCAAGCCUGAUUCCUUCUGUGUCCACGAUAAUGAAAGAGACAAGACCCUUCUGAUGACGGGCGAAUAUAAAGCGCCCCACAAAUUGCCUGUGGAUAAACUUCGUGUAGGGUUGCAGAUGGAAAAUUUCUAUGAGGAGCUUGUUCUGAGAGAAACGAUUCCAACGGAGAAGAACAAAAAGUUCAAAUACGAUGCGGCUCGCCUAGCGGGCGCAGCUAUUGUCCAGCAGUAUCACUCAAUGAUGGAGCUUGGGCUUGAGUACGGGUAUAUAACGACCGGCUUAAGAUUGGUACUGCUGCGAAUACCGCAAGAGAGUCCGGAGGUUCUUCGCUAUCAUCUUUGUGAGCCAAAUGUUGAAGCAGACCAAGGGGACACGCAAUGCUUCUUGCGACCUGUGACAGCGAUUGCACGGGUGCUAUGUUUAUGUUUAAUGAGCCUGAGUUCAACGGCCCUGGGUCCUGAAUGGUGCACCAAAGCAGCACCCCCGACCUGGAAAAUCGGCUUUGAUGAAGUACACCGUGAGCUGUACGAGCGGUCCGACCUGUGCGAGCAGUCCAAGAAUUCCAAGAAGUCCGAUACAGAUUCUCCUUCCCUAACCAAAGCUAAGGAAUCGACAAGAAAAUCACCGAUCCAGACCCGAUCACGGACUGCCUGCAGAAAACCUACGGAUCAAGUGUCCCGAGAGGAUAAACCAGACUCCGAUCGCGCCCUUGGCCCCGCCCCUGGAUCAAAACGUUGCUAUAGCGAUACCGCGUCGUCUUCGCCUGCGCAACAACCAAAACGCCCUAAACGUGAACAUAAUAGGCCCAGAAACAGCCACCGACAUCGCGAUGCGCAGUUUUGCACUCAGAAAUGCCUGCUUGGCCUAAGAAGACGUGGCAAACUGGAUGAAAACUGUCCCAACAUCAAGCUUCAUCGAGAGAACGGCAGCAAUUGUCACCGUACCACCACUCGCGGCUUGGUCACCUUUAUCAAAUAUGCAGUGGAUGAAUGCCUCGAAAACGCCAAGCCAAUGGGAUCCUGUGGAUUAUCCGGCGCGCCAUUUAAGCUUACCAGCGUCAGCCUCAAGUCUCUCGCCAUGUCGGCCUUGGUGGCUGCCAGCCAGGCCUCUCCCCUUCUCUAUACUCGUGCUGGCAGUGACUCCAACGCGACCUACGCCUACACCAACUCCAAUGGCCUCAACUUCACCCAGAUGAACACCACUCUGCCCAACGUCACCCUCUUCGCUACAGGUGGCACGAUUGCCGGCUACAGCGCCGACAGAACGGCAACCACAGGGUACAAGUCCGGUGCCGUCCCCAUCGAGAAACUGAUCAAGAAGACACCGGAGAUGCUCGACGUGGCCAACGUCGCGGCCGUUCAGUUCACCAACGUGGGAAGCGAGGACAUCUCCUCGACUCUCCUGCUGCGCAUGGCCAAGCAGAUCAAUGAGGUCGUCUGCAAGGAUCCCACCAUGUCCGGCGCCAUCGUCACCCACGGCACUGACACUCUGGAGGAGACCGCCUUCUUCCUCGACGCCACCGUCAACUGCCACAAGCCCGUCGUGAUCGUCGGCUCCAUGCGCCCGUCGACCGCCAUCUCGGCUGACGGCCCCUACAACCUCCUGGAGGCCGUGACCGUGGCGUCCAGUCCCGAAGCCCGGGACCGCGGUGCCAUGAUCGUUCUGAACGACCGCAUCGUCUCAGCCUUCUACGCCUCCAAGACCAACGCCAACACCAUGGACACCUUCAAGGCCCCCGAGAUGGGCAACCUGGGCGAGCUCGUCUCCAACAGCCCCUACUUCUUCUAUCCGGCCGUGGAACCCACCGGCAAGACGGCCUUCGACGUCAGCAACAUCAAGUCCAUCCCUCGCGUUGACAUCCUUUACGCUUACGAGGACAUGAAGAACGACACCGUUUACUCGGCCGUCGACAACGGCGCCAAGGGUCUUGUGUUCGCCGGCUCCGGCGCAGGCACCAUCGGCACCUCCGCCCGCAACGCCAUCCACAACGUCGUGAAGUCCUCGCAAAUCCCCGUCGUGGUCAGCACCCGUACCGGCAACGGCGAGGUGCCCACCCUCGACGACAAGGCCCAGAUUGCCAGCGGAUACCUGAACCCAUCGCACUCGCGCAUUCUGUUGGGCUUGCUUCUUGCGCAGGAGAAAGGUAUCGAGGAGAUCCGGGAAGUGUUUGCCAAGAUCGUUGCUUAA